ACUGUUGCACUAAGUUUUGAGUCAAAUAUUGAAGCUUCAAUACUAGUUCGAAAUUUGUGGUAAAUUAAAAUAAUUCAAAUUAAUUACAUCGGAGGAUGCUAUGUCUAUAAAUGGGCAUGAAGUUUUCGUUUAGUCUAAGUUUGAUCUGCUGUUCCAUUCGCUGAAUGCAAGAAAGAAAUUGGUGUUCGGGUGUAUUUAAAGAACCGAAGCCUGGAGACAAUGGCUGAAUGCACAAUUAUGGAAUCUCAGCAGUCAGUGAUUAAAAAAGUCAAAAAGCGAAGAGAGGUAAAAAUGCAGAGGACUUUGACAAUAGCCAGUCUCUGUGCGGCAAUAUUUCUGAUUGUGCUGGUCACAAGGGCUGUUGAGAGUUCCGCCAGUCCAAGCUCACGAGAUGAUCCCCCUCCCCCAUAUUGGCGGAAAGGAUAUUCCGGACACGGCACCACACACGAGCAGGUGGGGGCAAUUCACUUCGGCGAAGCUCAAUUCUCAGAGUACAAGCCUUUGGCGAAUUACUCCCAGAAAGAGAAUGUCUCACAUAUGUGGGUCGAUGUUGUUUUCAAAAUUUCGCGAACCUUUUUUGACAAACUGUUUCCCCUUGAUCCGACCGUACCAAGAGGCUACAUAAAGGACCUGGGUAAGGAUAACAUGAGGUUGGGACCGAAAGCUAUAGAGGACGAUUGGGCGGAUUGGUUGAACGCAUUCUGGCUUAUGUGGCUAUGGAUACUUUUACUGGUUGCUCUCAUUAUUCUGAUACCCUUUGCAGGUGUCGUGUAUUUCUGCUUAUGUUGCCAUCGCUGUAAGCUGGGCUGUCCAGCUUGCCAAUCGGAUGUCAAUAGGAGACGUAUUCUUUGGGGCAUCUGCUUGCUUCUGAUCCUUCCAUUUAUCGCUGGUAGUAUGGGCUUGGCUUUUCUUUCAAAUGGCAUGCUAGAACGCGGCCUGGACAACACUAAGAUUACCCUAGAAAUGGGUAGCGUGGAUACUUGCAACUUCCUGAAGGAUGUCAGCGAUCAUAUUCAUCAUUUGUUUGUGAAAAACUAUCAGGAACUGGAGACACAUCUGGUCUCUACUAUCGAGGAGGCACCUAAACAUUUGUUCAAGGACUUGAACGAUGUCGCGGAAGGUAACGCCGUGGCGGAACUACGCAGGAUUUUUAACAAUAUUGUUACGGCAAUCCUAAAUUUAAAAAUGGUCAAGCAAGCUCAAGCAGACACAAAAGAAGUGUCACUUAGACUAAGAAAUGCUCUCCGGGGAGUGAAGCGCGACGUUAACCAUGCGGCGGUGGUGCUCUGUGGCAGUUUUGAUUGCAUGAAGUUUUUGCAGACCUCAGGAAUUGAGUAUAUGGACACAUCCAGAUGCCUUCACCUGGAUGAGGUACCGGAGUCGGACAAAAUUCUCUUUGAUUUAAAUAAUUUGUAUAAACAAAUAAAAGGCAGACCAGAAAGAUGGUUAGCUCGUCUCCGUGGUGUUAGUACAAAGAUUAAGGACGAGAUGGGACGAGUCUCACCUCCGAUAAUUCGAGACAUACGCAAGGGAGGGGUGCUUUUUACCAAAGAGGCGGCGAGAAUAGAAAAAAUAAUUGACGUGGUCAUGAGCGACAUUCAUCUUGGCACCAUGCGUGCGAGCAGGGCGUUCGAGGAUCUUUACGAUAAAUUUAAUGAAACACGUCAGUACGUCGUUCUGUAUAUUGCUGUAAACCUCAUUGUGAUACUGUCGAUGCUGGCUUUGGCUUUGAUUAUCGGCUUUCUUUUACCACGUCCCACCGGAGCGAGCGAUGAAUAUUUCACCACAAGGAUCGCAUCGUACUUGCUGAUACUAACCAUGAUUUUCAUAUUUUGUUCGCUAUCCGUCAUGCUGAGUGUGGUGCUGUUUUAUUUUGUGAUUGGUGGUGUGGCUUACAAAGGCGCAUGCGCACCACUCAGGGAAAUGAAGUCUAGUGCGCUUCUCAAACAGCUAGACUCAGAGAUCGAUCUCCGGACGAUGUUUUCUUUCCGUAAUAUGGAUGUACCAGCUGUCAAUGUUUCAACCGACCCAAUAAGGGUAUCGAGUGUUAUCAAGGCGUGCCAGGGCAACGACUAUUUGUUUAAUUAUCUGGAUGAGAAUAGAAUCUUUGACAUAGACGAUUUUCUUCGUGUGAGAAUAGUGACCCCAGUAGAAAAGAAAUAUGAUACAAAUUUAGAUCUUUCAAAAGAGUUUAUACUGACGGAGGAAGACCGAGAUGUCUUCUUAAACAUAAUGGAAAAUUCCGAGGCCGGCUUGUUUCACAGCGACUUGUGGUUGGAAUUAAUUUGCGAAGACCUCAGCAUAUUAAAUUUGGACCAUAUGGCACAGAGCAUCAGAGCUUUAGGACGUUCGCUGUCAUGGAAUAACUUUCCUGCUGCCUCUGUAGCUUUCGAGAACGCGUAUGUUAGUCUAGUGUCAGUUAAAGCCAACUUUUAUUACGGUCUAGAAAAGAAUUUUCGCUUAAUGGCUAAACAUGUGAAAAUAAUAGAUGAAUCUAUUUUAUACGAGAACUACAACUUUGCCGAUUCCAUUAAAAUAUUAAAAGAAAAAGUUUUGGCGGCCGAGAAAUUUAUACGAGAUCAAGGAACGGCAUAUAUUUCUUCUCUUGGCCAAAACCUAACCGAAGUGAUCGAGGACCAGAUCAAGAACUAUAUCAAAAUGAUAAUCCGUGAAUCGCACACAAAGAUCGGGUACUGCAAGCCUCUGACCUACAUAUACGAUCGUGGCCUGCAAUUGGUUUGCAAUCGCAUGGUUGACCCCAUAAACGGCUAUUGGAUGGGUGUAUUAAUGGCAGCGUUCCUCCUGAUGCCCGUUCUCUGUAUAUCUCAUCGUCUGCAGUGUCUCUACAAGCAACAUAAGGUGGCUCCGAUAAGGGCCAUCAGAGCAUCGACUUGUCCCUUUUGCAAUGGAGAUUUAAGUAGGACGUCAGGUCACAUUGUCGUCAUUGGUCCCGACAGUGCAGAAACAAAGAGUUUUGAUGUCGAGAACACGAUUGAAGAAAUAGUAAAUAUCAACGAUGGAGACAAAAAGAAUAAGUUAGAUUAGUGAUAAAAAAUGAAUAACAAAUCGGAGAUAUUUUAAGCAA